CACACACACACACACACACACAGAGAGAGUGAGGGAGAGAAAACUCAAAGGAGACACAAGAGAAAAAAAAAAAAGAAUCAGGAUGCAAGUGUAGGUGCAGUUAUCAGGACAGACAACGGUUUAGAAAAGAAUAAGAAAAAGAAAAGUGCGACAGAAGUUGAGCCUAACGUCUACAGGAAAUUCAUUUAGAGGGUAGAAAGAGAAAACUAGUUAUUUAUAAGAAACUGGACAUCAUGCUGCUGCUGGAUGAGUCCGAGUCUCUAACAGAUCAGGGUCAGAGUGGGAACUAUAGCUCUGAAAAUGAAUCUCAGGGCAGUGAUUCUUUGGCAUGGACCUGUGGCCUUCCAUCUUCUUCUCCCUCAAAUGAGACUCCAGCACCAAUGCCAUCUUGCCCUCUGUCUCACGUAGAAGAGCACAGUCCCAAUCUGGGUCCGGACAGCACCAAGACGAGAAUCUCAAAACCUGCUCACAUGCGGAGGAACAUCAGGAAGCUGUUAAAAGAGCACCACUUGGAUGCAGUAACUAAAGUGGCCCAACUUGAAGAGUCGGAGAGACUCAAGCGCCUGGAUCAACAGAGGAUCAACUUAACUGUAGCUCCCGAGCUUGUGUAUACACACACACUAGGGGAUCUAUGCGUAAGUGUGACUUAUGGCUCCAAGGAAAGUGCAGCGUGUGUGCAAACAAGCAACAGCAGUAACGCAAACAGCACCAGACCGUCAGUGCUCCAAACAACUGCCCGUAAAAGAGACCAAAGUUCAGUUGAGAACAGCUCAUGCUUAAUCAGCAAAUCGACCAGUGAGGAUGAUGGUGAGUGCAGCUGUGUGCAUCUUAACAGUGCUGUCAACCAACCAAAUGUGCAGGAUCGAGUCCUAAUCAAUGUCAAUCACCCAGAGGAUGAUAGUGACAUCUACCUCACCCCUCAACUUGCGCGCAUUGUCAAACCUCAUCAGAUUGAGGGAAUACGGUUUCUAUACAAUAACCUGGUUGAGUCACAGAAGCGUUUUAAGAGCACACCUGGUUUCGGCUGUAUCCUGGCUCACAGCAUGGGCCUGGGUAAAACUCUACAGGUCAUCUCUUUCAUUGACAUCCUGCUGCGCCACACCGGAGCUCACACCGUGCUCGCCAUCGUCCCUGUGAACACGCUACAUAACUGGUUGGCGGAGUUUAAUCUCUGGGUUCCGCCUGCUGAAGCCCUGCCACCUGACAAUGACCCUGGACGUAUUAUGCCACGUAACUUUAACGUGCACAUCCUUAAUGACGAGCACAAGACCACAAGUAGCCGUGCUAAAGUAAUCGAAGACUGGUACAGAGAUGGUGGUGUGCUUCUUAUGGGCUACGAGAUGUACCGGCUACUCUCACUCAAGAAAAGCUUUGUCACUGGGCGAAAGAAGAAAAACACAAAGCCAUGUGAACAAGUUAUAAGUGAUGUAGAUAAGGACCACCAGCAGGAGCUAAUAAAAGCCAUCGAAAGGGCUCUUGCUCAGCCUGGUCCAGAUGUAGUAGUCUGUGAUGAAGGCCACCGCAUUAAGAACUGGCAUGCCAGCACCUCAAGAGCUCUGAAGGGCAUUGGGACACGGCGCCGGCUAGUUCUGACAGGCUAUCCUUUGCAAAACAACUUGUACGAGUACUGGUGCAUGGUGGACUUUGUGCGUCCAGGCUUCCUGGGCACACGACCCGAGUUCAGCAACAUGUUUGUGCGCCCCAUCCUGAAUGGCCAGUGUAUGGACAGCACGCCUGAAGAUGUGCAGCUCAUGCGUUACCGUAGCCAUGUGCUACACAGCCUGCUUGAAGGUUUCGUACAAAGACGGGGUCAUGAUGUACUAUUCUCCCAGCUUCCACAGAAGCAGGAGCAUGUGAUAUUGGUGCGUUUGACGGCAUUGCAGCGCAAACUCUAUGUUGAGUUCAUGAAUCGGUUUAGAGAGGCUGGAAAUACUGGCUGGCUUAGUCUUAAUCCACUUAAAGCCUUCUGUGUCUGCUGCAAGAUCUGGAACCAUCCUGACAUUCUUUUUGAAGCACUUCAAAGGGAGAAUAUGGCCAGUGAGCAGGAUCUGGACCUGGAUGACCUCACUGCUAGCAAUGCGCACUGUUCAGCCAAUCAGAGAGCUAAACCCUGUGAAUCAGGCAGCAGUAAUGGAGAACAGACUUUAAGUGGGCUACAGGAGAGAUCCAGCCAAGUUAUUACAUAUGAAUGGGCAAAAGACAUCAUGGCUGGAUAUAAGAAAGGUGUCUUAGAAAAUUCAGCAAAGAUGGUGCUGCUCUUACACAUUAUUGAGGAGAGCGUCAAGAAUGGAGACAAGGUCUUGGUUUUCAGUCAGAGUCUAUCCACACUUACAGUCAUUGAAGAAUUCCUGGUCAAGACAACAAUGCCUGACUAUAGUGGAAGUGGUGUGAAGCAGACCUGGGUUCGCAAUGUCAACUACUAUAGACUGGAUGGAAGCACUUCAGUUUCAGAGCGAGAAAGACUUAUUAACCAGUUUAAUGAUGUCACAAACAACUCUGCUUGGCUUUUUCUGCUGUCCACCAGGGCUGGCUGUUUGGGGGUUAACUUGAUUGGGGCAAGCCGUGUGAUCGUGUUCGAUGCCUCUUGGAAUCCAUGCCAUGAUGCUCAAGCUGUGUGCCGUGUCUAUCGCUAUGGGCAGCGCAAACCUUGCCACAUCUACAGACUUGUGUCUGACUUCACCUUGGAAAAGAAAAUCUAUGACAGGCAGAUUUCCAAACAAGGAAUGUCUGACCGUGUGAUAGAUGACUUGAAUCCUGUCCUGACAUUCACACGCCGAGAGGUAGAGUCUCUGCUGCACUUUGUGGAAGAGGAGCCUGAUUUGUUAGACUCUGCUCACCUACUCCACCCUCAGGAAGACAUGGACUUAGUCCUCAGGAAAGCCUGUAUGAGAUACCCCCACCUUAUCACCAAGCAACCCUUUCACCAUGAGUCCUUACUGAUGGACCGACAAGACCUCAAACUCACAAAGGAGGAGAAACAAGCAGCCAGGAAGAGCUAUGAGAUUGAAAAAAGAGCAUCAGUGCCCUACACACGUCCAUCAUAUGCACACUAUUACCCAGCUAGUGACCAAAGCCUGACCAACAUCCCUGCCUUUAGCCAGAGAAACUGGCAGCCUCCUUCAAAGUUGGAGUAUAAGCCAGCCACCGGUAUUCAUGUGGCAAAGUCAGCACUAACACCCACAAUACACCAAAAGGAUGGGCAGAAAGCAGACCAGAAGGACAGCCAGGUUUCUGCCCCCUCUGUGAAAUUAGACUCCAAAUCUGAUCUCAACUUUUCAAUCACCUACCUGGAGAAAGCAGGAGUCUUUGUACAGAAGACCAUCACUACCACAGAUAUUGUAAUUCCUGGUUCAAACAAUUCAGCAGACACACAGACCAAGAUAAGUGCAGGGGAAAGCAUCCAUAUCAUCAGAGGAACUAAAGGAACCUACAUUCGCACAUCAGAUGGAAGAAUCUUUGCCAUCCGUGCUGUUAGGAAACCCAAACAUAGUCCGGAGAGUACAAAUGACAUGCAAACCUUAAUGGAGAAUUCAGUCAGUGAUUGCGUUUUCCAUGAUGACAAGCCAAAAGUCUUAGCCCCCAAAGCCGAUACUCGACCUGUCGCCCCAGAUACACCAGAAAUCCUAAGUGAGCUUCAGCAUUACACCAAAUCGCCACCCCUGCCUCCCUCGGGAUUGGCCAAACCAGAGACAGUUUCAAAAAAGAGAGCUAGGAUUCUGCCUCAAAACAACCCUCCUUCACCAGACACCGAGAUGCCACUGGACCUAAGGGGCACAAAGCGCAAAUCCACAUCGUCAUCUACCAAUGAGUAUUUAUCCAAGCAUCCAACACCAGAAGUAGGAGGUUCUCUUCCACCUUCUCGAAAGAAUUAUCCAUUCGCAAGCACUUAUGGUUUAAAUUCUACCAUAAACCCUGCAGGAAAUCAUGCACGUUUGAGCUCUUUCAGCUCUGUGUGGUCACCCUACUUACAACCUCAAGUUCAUACAGCUGAACACCAACUCAUGUUCCAGAUCUCUCCAGAUGCCUACACUCUUAGAGACAGGGCUUUUCCCAUUUCCUCCCCGACAUCCUCCAGCAUCACCUCCAGUACUGCAGCGACUUCCUCCUCUAUAUCAAUUCCAUCAUCAUGCUUAAUGAGCCAUGAAGUACCUAGAAUGUUGGCACCGACAUUCCUGUCACAAUAUGGGCAACCACUGGGUAUGUACCCAUCCACAGUACUGCCUCAAGAGAUUCCACGGCAGACAGGAUCUAACUUCCUGCCUCAGUAUGUGACCUCUGGCCCACAGGGUGGAGCUAAUGAGUCUUGCCUUGUCACAGACAAUAAGGCACCGCAGUCUGUGGACAACAGUUAUAUUUGCGACGAUAUCGAUGAUGAAAGACUAUGAAAAACUAAACUAGAAACUUAAUCGGAAAGAUGGGCACAUCAGUAACAACUUGUUUCUAGUUUGAGACUACCCUGUGGAUAGUGUGUGCAAUGUGACUAAAAAUGUGGAUCAGCCGGGAAAAAAAAUCCUUAUGCUGAAUAUUUUAUUAAAAAACAAACAAACAAAAAAAAAUUUGUUCAAACAAGUCUUGUGGGGAAUACGUCAACUUUUCAAACUACUGUACAUGUUGAGGUUAACUGACCUUAAAGACCUGCACUGUUUGGGAAUCUAAAAUGUUUCAUUUAAAGGAGUUUAGAUGUUAAGAGUAUAGUGUAAAUAUUUAAGCUGGUGACUAAGUGAGUCUUAAAGAAAUGUUUGUGUGCUGUAAUAGUUAUUACAUAUAACCCAAAGACAGGUUCUAAAAUAUUACCAUUUCCAUUAACCAUCAAGCAUAAGAGAGCCUUAAGCGAGGGUGGAAAAUACUUGAGUUAUUGUACAUCCAUACUAUACUAACUGUUAUUUUGUCAUUUUUGACUUUAUAAUCCCAAGGGAAACCCACAUUUUUUAUGCUGUACAUAUUUAUUUAGACAUAUGCAGUACAUAUGCAGUAAAAAACACCUGUGACCUUAGGAUCUGUCAUCCCACUGUACAUCUGAAUACAGUACAGAUAAGCCAUAAGACUGCAGUGUAUAACUUAAGGGUUUAAGCCCUACCUCAAAUGUUUACAUAUCUUUGAUCAGGUUAAAACUUGUGUAAAGAUUGGGAUUUCUUAGCCUCGCUAGAAGGCAUGAACUCCAUGUAAUUUAAACUCUAAUGUAAUAACUUGACCUGGUUGUACGGUAUUUAACUAACGUAACAUGUACUCUUUGCUAAGGUCAAUUGAGACCUGGGUUAAUUUUAGUACAGAUAAUGGUAAAGACUCUGCCUGGUCAAAAAAAAAAAAAUUACUAUUUAAGACGGAUCAAAUUAUUGGGCUGCAUCAAGCAAAGAAACAAGGAGAGUUAAAAUGACGGAAACUGGGUUAAGAACUCUUCACCACGUUAUUAAACUUGGAAGGAUAGUUUUGAACCUUCAACUUUGUGGAAGAAAUGUGGUCUGGGGGAAACAAAAUCAUGGAGUUCAUUUAAACACUUGGUGAAGUUGUAUAGUAAAAAAAAUAAGUGUAAAAACCAUAGCGACGUUUAGUAGUGAAAAUAAGAUUGUUUCAAUAUGCACACAAUGUGAUGAGAACUCACAACUGUGUGGCUAUAAGAAAACCACUGACUAAAUAAGGAGUCUAAAUUAGACCUAUUUUAGAAUGAUAUUGUACAUUUUUUAUGAUUUAUUAGUACACAUAACUCAUUGCUUUAGUCUUGCAUAUAAGCAAACUUACGUCAGGCAAAAUUGCAUAGUCGUUUGAAAUGAAAAUGAUCAACAGUUUUAGAUAAGUAUUAAAAUGUAUUUUUAUAUGAAUACAUGAUAUUAGCUUAAUAUUAUUAGUUGAAUGUCAAAAUUUUUACAUUUUUGAAUACAGUUAAAUCAGUAACUAUCUCAAUUUCACAUGUAUAUUUUUGGCUGGAUACUUUCCCUUUUAUUGAGCAAGAUUUUGACACAUUUUCUCUAUUUUCAUUUAAAUAUAAUUUUUCAGUACUUUUUCCACCCUUGGCCAUAAGGAAUUAAACACAUGAUAAGACUGAGUGGACAUUACAUUAAAAAUGUAAAACACGCAAAAAAUCUUAAACACACAUAAGAAUGUAUCUUCAUUCCUGCCUUUGUCUCAGUCUUGCACAGGCCUUAGAGACAUUAGACUGAACUAACAUUUAUACUAACAUUUAUAUAAUACUAACCUACUCCCCCCUUUUUAAAAAACCUGUUCAGUUGUGUCAACUGUUUUUGUAAAAAAUUUUGAACACUUUAAUCAGGUCCCAAGUAGAUUCUUAAUGCAGACAAGGACUGGCCUGGGACGAAAAAUAAAAAUCAGCCCUCACAUUUUUAAUCCAGACGGUCCACCAAUAUAAUCCAGAAUCGGUCCAGUAGGAUGAUGCCCAAGUGUGUGUGGAGAAAAAAGGAAUAUCAUGGAAUUUUUUCCUCCCUAAUUUAAUUCAAAAAGUAUAACUCUCAUAAAUUCGAGAUUGAUUACACAUUGGGUAAAAUAUUUUAAGCCUUUGAAAUUUUAAUGAUUAUGGCUUACAGCUCAUGAAAAUCAAACAUCCAUUAUGUCAAAGCAAUACAGAAAUGUCAGACUUUAAAAAAAAAAAAAAAAAAUCUGUAUUUUCAUUUGUACACUCAGUUUCUGUAUUGUAAAUCCCUUUGUUGAUUGAUCUUGGAAAAUAUUUUUUAAAAUAUAUUUUGAGACACCAGAUUUUUGAUUUUUAUGACCUGUAAGAUUUAACCUUCAAAAUAAAAAAGCCUUGACGUA